AUGGCAACACCCACGAACGAAAUGACGCGUUCAAACUCAACAGACUCUUCGGCGUUGUCCAAUAUCAUGGUCAACAAUGCCGCGGCAGACGAAGGCUCCUCCGACGACCUGCCCAACUCCACUCCAGCCACCAGUCUUCCAGACGGCGGCAGCGUGGGAUCAGCCAAGUCACGCGUCCAUGCAAUCGACCCACUGCCGGAAGAGUCGUCGAGACGGCCCAAGCGAGCGCGUACAGGACCUUCUACAUACAAUGUCAAGUCUUUGCUGGAUGCUCAGGAAGGGGCAGGCAGCAGCUCUAGCCGCAACGUCUCAGGCUUGACUGGGCGGACCCUUGUCGAUGAUAAGGACGACGGGGCUCUCCUGGGCAAGAAGGACGACGACGGCACCAUUCCAAUGGACUGGGUGCCUACCGAGCUGCCACCACGAAAGUCUGGUAAGCUUCAACGACGACCCAGCGUGAGGGAUAAGGUGAAGAAGGCAGCGAACAAAGUGGGACAGGUCCUCGGCAAGCGCGGAAGAGACGCAAUGGAGGCUGGGAAGCGGAAAUUGGGCAUGAAUGAGGUUGAGGAGAGCCCGAAGCAGAGUAAGAUUAUGCGGGAGCUGGACAUGGGACCUAAGGGUGUGCUUGAUGAGAUGGAUCUGAGUGAUGACGAGUUCGUUGCACCACCUCCACGGCCGGCAAAGCGUGCGAAGAUCGAGGCGGCUACGGCCAAAGAGCUGUCCAAGCCUACGGCACCUCCACUUAAGAUUUCCAGUGGCAAGCAGGAGAAGACAUGGCAAGUGCAGGGCCUGUACGUCGGUCAGGAUGUAGGGAUGGACCCAGCGAAGAAGGGAGGACAGAAGAAGCUGCAGAAGAAGCGUCCAGGGUCAGCUGGAUCGGAUGGCUCUACGAAGCCGGCAGCGGACGAGACGAAAGCAGAAGAGGCCGAGCCAGCUGGCCAGAAGGCGUCAUACAUCACAUUGCCGAUGUUCGAGUACCUGGACAAGACCCGCGACUUCAAAAUUCCGUUCGACAUCUACGCACCUUCACUCAAGAAGGGUGACGAGAAGCCCAAAGACUGGAAGCAAGUCAACAAGAACCGUCUAGUUGGCGAGGCUAGAGAGCUGUGGGAGAUGGAGAAGCUGCCAAGCUCUAUGCCUCCUUCCAAUUCGGACGAGCAAGGCUGCGGAGACGACUGCUUGAACCGGGUCAUGCAGUACGAGUGCAACGACGACAACUGCAGCCUAAAUGCCGAACUGUGCAGCAAUCGCGCCUUCUCAGAGCUAGCAGCGCGCACGCAGAAAGGCGGGCGCUUUGACGUUGGCGUUGAAGUUCUUCAAACCGGGAAUCGUGGUUUUGGCGUCCGUUCCUGUCGAACCUUCAAAGCUGGCCAGAUAAUCAUGGAGUAUACUGGCGAGAUCAUCUCCGAAGGCGAAUGCCAGCGGCGUAUGCGGGACGAGUACAAGGACAAGCAGUGCUACUACCUGAUGGAGCUGGAGCGUGGGCUGGUUAUCGACGGCACGAAGGGCUCGAUGGCUCGCUUCAUCAACCACUCCUGUUCUCCAAACUGCGAGGUGCGCAUGGUCAAGGUCAACAAUACGCCACGUAUGGCUGUCUUUGCCGCCGAGCAAGGCAUUAUGACUGGGCAGGAGCUUACAUACGACUACAACUUCGACAACUUCGGCGCGACCAAACAGGUCUGCCACUGUGGUGCUGAGAACUGUCGUGGCUUCUUGUCGAAGCGGCUGAACGCCACUGAGCGGAAGAAGCUGGAGCGGGAGGAGAACGACCGCAAGCGGAAGGCGGCUGAGGAAGCACAGAAGAAUGCUGAGAGCGAGGCGAGGAAGAAGAAGAUCAACACUGAUCGUGGCUCGGGCUGGAGAGGUUGGCUCGCCGUCGAUGACCCGGAAACGAAGGAGAGGCUGAGAGCGGAGAAGAGGGAGAGGGAGGAGGCGGAAAAGAAUUCGAGCAGAGCUCAACGCCUGGCUGCUCGUCGCCAGUCGUUGCCUGCUGCUGCGCCGGCUGAGAAGCCUGCCCGGGUGCUCAAGAAGAAGAACAGUGCCCGCCGGAAGACGACCCAUCUUGAGGAGAAGGCUGCCACUGCUGAGCCGGAGGAGGAGGCGAGAGAGACCUCAGUCACAGAGUCCACGAGCCUUACCACGACGCAUACCCGCACCGUCUCGAGGGGGUCCAAGUUCCACGAGGAGCUGGACCGUCCGACCACCGCGCAAACGCAGACUUCUACUAUUACGAAGAGAACGGAGGUCUCUGUCAGCACGACCGAACUCCUGGACGACGAAGGUACUCUCGGUGACAGCGAGCCUUCUUCCAAAGAAGCAGGUGAAGAAGUUCGCGAGCAGGCAGAACCCUCUAAGAAGGGCUUGUCACGCACAGCUUCAAAGGGCAAAGACGUGAUGAAGAGUGUUGGAGAAGCCGUUAGGAAAGGCUUGAAGGGCAUUGAGAGGGCGCCCAGCGGGAGCAAGAUGAGGCAGAGCACGCUGUCGUUUGCUAAGAUCGAGUAG